AUGAUGAUCCCAAGCGUCCUCGCGCCCCCUGCCCUGUACCCGGGGCUGUACCGGCCCGCUGCCGCGGCGCUGCCGCUGCACCACACCUUGCCCUCCGUCUUCCCCUCACACUCCAGCUUCUUGGUGGAGGACCUGCUGCGGAUAAGCCGCCCCGCCGCUUUCAUAAACCGGACUGUCCCGUCAGCGAGCGCCUCCCUGCCAACAGCUACGACCACCGUGUCCUACAGCGGCGCGCCCGCGGAGCGCGCAGUGGCCACCACCGCGGUGACGCGCGAGUCGUGCUCGCCCAAAACGUCAGUGCCGAGCAAGGACCCAACUUUUCUCAAGUUUGGAGUGAGCGCCAUCCUUGCACCUUCACCAAAGACAUCGUCCUCCCCCGUCACAGUCCACAGCCCGCACUCAAAGACUUUCCCCAUCCCCUGCUUUGACGGAACCUUUCACCCCAUAUUCAGGACGCCUUACUUACCAGCAUCGUCAUCUGUGGUUCCCAUCCCUGGAACUUUUUCCUGGCCCCUGGCAGCGAGAGGGAAACCCCGCAGAGGGAUGCUGAGGAGGGCCGUGUUCUCCGAUGUGCAGCGCAAAGCCUUGGAGAAAAUGUUCCAGAAACAGAAAUACAUCAGCAAGCCGGACAGGAAGAAACUGGCAUCGAAACUGGGCCUCAAAGACUCUCAGGUGAAAAUCUGGUUCCAGAACCGCCGCAUGAAGUGGAGGAACUCUAAAGAGCGAGAGCUGCUGUCUUCAGGUGGCUGCCGCGAGCAGACGCUGCCCACCAAAGCCAACCCGCACCCGGACCUCAGCGACGUGGGCAAGAAGUCCUCAGCUGAGGAUGAAGAGGAGGAAGAAGAGAUGGAGCAGUUCGGAGGAGAGAGAACGAGGGUGGCAGGCUCCAGCAUCUCCUCUCCUUCUCUCUCCAGCAAGCACUCGGACUUCUCAGAGUCAGAUGAGGAAGAAAUAACAGUAUCUUAAUUUAUUAAAGCAAAUAUAAAGACAUAAAUAACCCAUGUGUUCAUAUGAGACUGUGACCGGGUUUGUAAGAAGCUGCCGCCCUCCAGCAAGAAUCCAUAAAUAUCAGUGUUAAAAGACAAAGUUCACUCCACUUCCUCUGCUCACACGACCUGUACAGGAUCUGCUUCUGAUACACAGUUUGCUGUUUUGCACAGCUUUGUUCAAUUGUACAGUAUUUUGUACAACUUUGUAUGGAAAUUUUAUGCCAAGAAUAUUGAGUUACUUUCACCUUGACCUUGAAUAGAGUUGUUUAUUGAAAAAUGUAGCUA